UUGGCAGAUCAUGUCUGGACCAUCAUCAACGAAAAAGCUACUUUUCGACUCCGCAGCGGAGCAAUUUUCCCGACAGUCAACCCUGCUACAGGCGAGAAAAUCAUUGGUGUGGCAGAGGGAGAUAAAACCGAUGUCGAUAUAGCAGUAGCUGCUGCCGAGCAGGCGGGCAAGCUAGGGAGUAUUUGGCGCACUAUUGAUGCUUCUGGGCGUGGACGCCUACUGUACAAGCUCGCAGACCUCAUCGAACGAGACCGGCAGUACCUGGGACGACUGGAGACACCGGACAAUGGAAAACCUUACUCCGUUGCCUACAGUGUAGACCUAGAUCUCACUAUCAAGUGUUACCGCUACUUCGCUGUCUAG